AGUACCCGGAUGUUUGACGUCACAUCUCGGCUUCAGAAUCGUCUCUAGGACAUGACUUUAGUGACCGAAGCUGUUUUUUGUGUGGCGUAACUAAAGGGUCACUCUAUUCUAGCCAUGCUGGCACGUUUCUGUAGCAGCAGGACAGUCUCUACUCUCCAUGCUCUUUGCGGCAACCAAGUUUCUCUCUACGGGCAGCUGCAAAGAUGUCUGUCAACGCAAACAGACGGAGAGGUCCGCAUCGCCAACAUACUGAGGGAGAAGUUUCCAUCCGCAUCAUCGCUCAAAGUUACGGAUAUAUCAGGUGGUUGUGGGGCCAUGUAUGAAAUCCACAUAGAGUCCAGUGAAUUUCAAGGAAAGAAAACUGUUCAGCAGCAUCAGCUGGUCAACCAGGCACUCAAGGAAGAGAUCCAAGGAAUGCACGGUCUUCGAAUAUUCACUGGCGUUCCCGAUCAAUAGACAAAGUCCUUCAACUCUUGACGCACAUUUUGUUCAUCUUUUGUUCACACAAAUGCAAAGAAAUAUUUGUUGCUAAAUGAGUUUUAUCAUCUUUGACAACUGUACAGUGUUGGUAAAAAUGUAAAACAGAGGUAAGAUUACACAGAUGCUGUUUUUUUUCUUCUGAAAUAAUAUAUUCAACUUGUAAAAGCUGCAACACGCACAAAAAAAGGCUUGGUAAAAUGUUUCCUCAACAUCAAGUCGCGUUGGAACCGUCCCUUUCACAGGGUUGGCAGUGAUGCUCAGAGAUCAAAAAGUAUAAAGAAAAACUCUUCAGCAACCAAAGUAAACUGCCAUUGUUACUAGUUAACAAAUGUGGCUUUAAACUCGGGGGGGAGACAUUAUGAAACCAUUUUUAUGACAGUGCGAUAAUGGUGUAUUGAUGAAUGUCAAAAUAAAAAGCUGAUUUAAU